AUGGUUGUCAACAGAGCUGUUACUUUCAUCAGCCAUUCCACACCUGCUUCUCUGGUACAGAAAGAGCUGGACCUUGACACUUGCUAUCGGGAGGAUGAGAUUGUUGUACAAGUGUAUGCCGCCAGUUUGAACCCUAUCGAUUUACUAGUCCAUUCUUUUGCCUGCUGGCCCUUUAUUGGAUCUUACGAAAAGACGUACUCUAGGGAUUACAGUGGUGUCAUCGUGAAGAGAGGCGACAAAGUCGACCCUAAAUGGAAAGUUGGCGAUAAAGUCAAUGGGCUUUACAAUCAUUUAUACGGCUACCACGGCUCUCUGACGGACUAUCUAGUGCUGAACCCAAAGCAACAGCCAGCGAUCACUCAUAUGCCGAAGCCUGCGGACUCCAAGUAUAACGAUUUCGUUGUCAAUGCAGCAUGGCCUUUAGUUUUUGGCACAGCUUACACUGCUCUUUUCAACUACGGACAGAAACUGGGACCGGACUCGAAGAUACUGAUCAUUGGAGCUUCUACCUCUGUCUCUUAUGCCAUGCUUCAAAUUGCCAAACAUGAAAUUGGAGUCAAGACAGUGGUAGGGGUUUGUUCAAGCAAAUCGAUCGAUUAUAACAAGAGGCUCGGAUACGACUACCUUGCCACUUACGACCAGGGGCCCAUAGUCGAAAGUGUCGGCAAGAUAUUGGUUGGCGACCUGAACAACGAGAAAUUUGACCUGAUUUUCGAUUCCGUCGGCAACAGUGAAUUUUUCCCCGUCAUGGACAAAUUCUUAAAGCCAAAGAAGGAUAACUCGUACUACAUUUCGAUUGCGGGAGACAGAAAAAUGGAUUAUUCCAACCCUAGACUAAGAGAUGUCUUUUCUACCAUGGCCAGAAUAUUGAGGCCUUUCAAAUCAUACAAUUAUGCCUAUUUCUUCCUUAAACCACAAUCAGACUACAUGGACUUGGGCUCCAAGAUGAUAACCGAGGGCACCUACGAGCCUAUCAUCGACUCGGUUUAUGCCCUGAAAGACUUCCAAGCAGCAAUAGAUAAGCAAAAAUCCAAUAGAGCCAAAGGUAAGCUUGUCAUCAAAGUCAAGGACGACCUAUAA